AUGGUUUCUCUCCGUGCCACUCUUCUUUGCCUGAUGGCUACCUCCGCAACGGUCCACGGCGAACGCCUGAGGGCCGUCUGGUCAUCUGGUUCAUUUUCAUCAAUGUCCGGCUCUCAAGGUGGUUCCCAGUCUGGCCAUUACGAUGGAUUCGCAAUCCUCAACACGGCCGGCGAUGCCAUCUACACAACAAGCUACCCCGGCGACCAUUCACCCUGUCAGCACUACGACGGUCGCCUGUUUACUCUAGAGGGCGACUGCUGGAAUAAAGCACUCCAGUUCUGGUGUAGGGCCGACUUUGGAGGCAGCCCCGAGAAAUGCGAAGUUAGAAAUGACAAAGGCAUAGCUAUCGGCAGAGGUGAUGGGAUGUCGGAUACGAAAUUCAUUGGUAUCGCCAUUGGUAAAGACGCUAGCUGUGCCAUCGAGUUUGAUUCCGAUAGUGCUGGCUGCCCUGUGAGUGAGGGAGAAGGCCCCUUUCGCGUUGUCUAG